CGGUGGAUAGAGGCGUAGAAGAAGAUCCAUCACUGCUUCAGUAGUCGCGCAGUUGUUUUGGGGAAUAGGGUCGUCACUGGUCUUGGAACACGGCUCACAUUGAGGCUGUCUCUAGCAUGGUUUGACCAAUCGCCGACUAAAAAAGUAGACUGUUCACGCAGACACAGCAGUCUUAGCCAGUCUAUGCGCUUGCCGCUUGGAUCGCGCUGACCCGGCACGCGUGCACGACAUUCGACAAGCACUUGAGUUUUCCAAGUAUUAGAGAGUGUGCCUAGCUUGUGCGGUGGUUGUGACUGAGCAUUGGCCAACAUUGCCAGGCAAUCAGUCUGCAGAGGAAAGCGCUUCGUGAGCAGUUGAUGCUGCCGCUACUGUCGACUGACUGUUGCUGCUAUUCAGUCUGCUACCAGCGCGCUCUGCUGUCCUGUUGCUUCUAAGUUCUACGCUCAGCGCGCACUUGAUCGAUUGUACUUGUGCGAGUAGCGAGCUGCGUGUUUGGGGCUCGUCACUCUCUUCCCUGUCUGCCAUGCAUACCUCGUGAGUUUUUAGCUUGGUUGCUUUUGUAAUGAACUUGUCGAGGACUGAGCCGACUGAGCCCACUGUAGCAAUGACCAUGGAGGGUGUAGAGAACGGCAAAGUGGAUCCAGCCACGACCGAGCGAGAAGAUCAGAAGUCCAUCAAGGCAUCGACCCAUCCACCAACCAAGGGAACGUCGAUUCGCUUCUACACUGUUGACAAGAAGAUUGGAUCGGGGAACUUUGCCAAUGUCUUCAAAGGCACGCAUACGAUUACUAAGGAUGUGGUUGCAAUAAAGGCCAUUGACAAGGAAGCUCUAACCAAGGUCAAUGCGAAGGAGAACGUGCUCAAGCUUCGCCGCGAGAUUGAAAUCAUGAAGAAGGUCGUCCACCGGAACAUCGUGCGAUUGUAUCAGGUCAUUGAGGACAAGCGGUAUAUGUACCUAGUGACAGAAUAUGCAAGCGGAGGAGAGAUAUUUGAUUUUAUUGUCACAAGGGGACGCUUGCCGGAGCAAGAAGCUGGUAAAAAGUUCCACCAAUUAGCAAUCGCUGUUCAACACCUACAUGAUAUGGGCAUCGUGCAUCGAGACAUCAAGGCAGAGAAUGUACUUCUUGAUGAGCAGCUCAAUGUCAAGCUUGCUGAUUUUGGAUUCAGCAAUCACUACGACGGCAAGGAGAAGCUGAAGACUUGGUGCGGAAGUCCGCCGUAUGCAGCGCCUGAGCUUUUCUCCGGCACUCCAUACUAUGGGCCAGAAGUUGACAUCUGGAGCCUCGGUGUGGUACUCUACGUGCUCGUGUGUGGUGUUUUACCCUUUGAGGGAGACAACAUCACGCAGCUGAAGCAGCGUGUCAUGCAGGGGACGUUUAGGAUCCCCUACUUCAUGACCAUGUCUUGUGAACAACUGGUCCGCUCGAUGCUGAAGCGGGACCCCAAGAAGCGGCCUAACAUCCGUGAAGUCUUGAUGCACGAAUGGAUGAAGCCAGCGCGGGAAAGUCCCGACGCCGCGGACAAUGGCUGUGCAAAUGGCAAUGGUCAGCGACCGAAGUACAACAGCUUGAUCAUCAACUACAUGGUACUGGACUGUAAAAUCAUCGAAGACCAACUCCUCGACAGUCUGGAGAAGAAUAAAUUUGACGAUCACGCUGGCAUUUACCACAUACUGGACGACCGUAUUCGUCUGAAACAGGAGAAAAACCGUGCGCAGGCACCGGAUGUGGAAGAGGUUUCAGCAGCAGCAGCAGCAGCAGCAGCAGGUCCGCCCAAUGUGACCAUCCCCACCCAUCAACCGCUCGUCCGCCGUCACGCCGUGGCCGCCUCGCACGCGGCGAACCGAGGCGGCGUGACGCACACGCACUCUCUCGACCAGAGAAGCACGCUGCAUCAGCGCUUGCAGCAGCAGGCGGCAGCGGCGGCCUCUGGUAUCCCGGGGCCAGGCAUGCACCGCAAUGGCAUGGUGGUCACGGCCACGUUAUCAUCUCCGGCGCAGGGUGCACCGAUCACAGCACACCCUCCGGUCGGUCGUAACAUCAGCCAGGAGCUGGCGUCACGCGACACGCUCCAUGCCUACCUGGCUCAACGGCGUCACACGUUAGCACCGCAAGGCAUUCAGCAGGCGCUUGCGUCGCAGGCCAGUGCACUGCAAGGAUCUGCUGCACCACAUCUAGCUCUAGGUGCUGUUGCUACUCCUGUGACAAUGGCACCCCUACUGGCGGCAAACCUCACGCAGCAGCAGCAGCAAAGCGCCGCUCCACCGACCAACCUUGUGCAGGCUCACAUACACAGGACGCCGCGAGGCCUGCAUCCGCAGGUGCGGCAGAAGCUGAGCGGCGGCCCAGCUGUGCUGCCCGUGUCUCAUGUGCGUCCACCACUGGGACGGAGACGCUCCGACACGCAUGCUCUUCAAGACUACGCCAUGAGCCAGCAACAGCAUCGGCACGACACCUUGGAGACUGGCUCCGGCCACCUGCAGGCGUCGAGCGGCAGCUUUGGGCCGCUCACACUGCACGGAGCUGAGAUGUUUAAUCAAUCUAAUGUAAGUGUGCUUGCACAGGAAAUUGAUAACCUGCAUGUGCAAGGCGAUGGCAGCAGCGAAGCCUCUCAGCAGUAUCAGCCACAAUCCUCUGGCGGCGGCGGUGGUGGUUCAUCCGGCAACAACCACCGUGCACCGCCUCAGCUGUACGUUGCUGGUGCCGGUCGACAUCACGUCAGUCAACUGCAAACGAUCCAGUCGCCAAGCCCGGAGGAUUCGACCGAUAUGGCAAGUCACAUGCCGUUGCAUGCUACGGAAUCCUCUCCGGCCGCACAGACCUUCCACCUCCCACCCGCUGGAUAUCAGCACGAAGCGAUUAGUCGCUUGGUGUCCGCGCCCGACCCGGGCAUGACAACCUCAUCGUCAGCGCACGGUCCUCUAGGGAUUUUCCCUAACGCAGCGGCAGCAGCACUCAGGGAGAACCACCAAGCCCAUCUGUCUCCCGAUAUGAUGGGCCGUGCCAUGCCCAAUCACCAGCUGCGCCGCAACAGCCUGGACCCGCGGGUCACCCUACCGGGAGCUCAUAUGGCGGUGGCGAACGCUGCCGGCGGAGUCUUUCACCAGAGGCAUCGUUCCGGACGGCGCUCCUCUCACGCGCAGUCAGCCGGAAUUGGCCCCAUGGCGAUCAACAUGCUGUCAGCGCAGCAGGUUCAGACCCUUGCGGCCGUACCCAACGUCGUCGGCGUUGACACAAGCUCUGCUGCUGCUGCUGCCGGUGAGGGUUGUAGUUUGGGAGACGUGGUGGACCCUACGGACGCCGCAGCAGCAGCAGCUGGCGAUGAUGCACGGGCUCCACGCGAGGCUCGCUUUGCGAUGUCUCCGAUGCUGAUUUCCAGCUUGCCGAUCCAGGCCGUGCUGCAGGAGAUCUGCCGUGUUCUGGACCAGUACCCAUGCCUAAAGUAUGAGCAAACAGACUAUGUGUUCACCGUUAGCGUGUUUGACAGUGGACAGGCUGCGGCGGUAGUGCAGUUCGAUAUAGAGAUCUGCCAACUCCCGGGCCUCAGGAAUAUGCUGAGCCUGCGCUUCCAGAGACUGGCUGGCGACCAGUGGUCGUACAAGGCGUACACAAACGAGCUGAUGCAGCAGCUGCGCCUCAAGUAGUGGACUCGGACUCGUGUGGAGCAGCUGCAUCGCGACUGCCUCCCCACCGCCGUCACAAGUUAGCAGUACGAGGUGUUUCCGUGCUGCUCUGCACCGCCGUCACAAGUUAGCAGUACGAGGUGUUGCCGUGCUGCUCUGCACCGCCGUCACAAGUUAGCAGUACGAGGUGUUGCCGUGCUGCUCUGGGUACCAACAGUACCAGUACUGUUAGUACCGGUUACCCGCCGUCACGACGUGGCCACUACAUCCCACCGUGCUGCCGCCUCAAGUGAGGCACUACUAACAUACUUUAUGAUAGUCGGCAACGCUACCGCACCGGGUUAAACACGCAAGCUGAUGUGGCCGUCACUCUCACGACUCCUACCGUCGCAAUACGCAACGCGCACACAGCAGACGACGCUUCUCAUAACGGUGUGGAUAUGUGUGUUUUGUGAGUGUGUGUGUGUGUGUGUGUGUGUGUGUGUGUGUCCUUGUGUGUGCACUCACUCGUGUGCACCCGUGCGGCUAUUUUACUGGCAGCUUGUUCAGUUGUGUGCUAGUCCGAAGAUCGGUGGGGAGCAUGUCCCUGUGCCAUGCUCGCUAGGGUCUGUGGCGGUGCCAUGCUUGCUAGACUAGCCUAGAGUCUCUGGGUGUUGAUUGAGUUCUUCAGCUGCUCUGCAGUCCUUAUCAGCUGGCCUGGUAUUAGCAGGAUACUCUUAGACGCAGUCUGCAGAUUUAGAUCAGCUUGAUCUGACAGUAUUAUUCUCAUGGCAAUAUUGAUCUACGCCGUGCUAUCUAUCCUGGUCGCGUUGUGUCAGCCGUGCUUAGGCCGUGCUUAGGCCGUGCUUGGGCCGUGCUUAGGUAAUUUGAUCUCUGGAGAGUUGAGGCACUCCUACCUACUCUCUAGAUCUCUGAGUGAUGCAGUGAAUGUGGUGGUCGCUGGGUGACUUUUUGUAACUUUUGCAGGCUUUGCACCGAUCUCUUGUACCAGCUCUAGCACGCGAGAUAACCAGGCGAGUUGUACAGAGUGCGCAAACCAUUUAGCCUGUAGUCUAGUCACGAGCAGCAGCAGCUACGGCUGCCUCGACAUAGCUGUGCUGUUUGGCGGGUGUACACUCAAACGCCUCUUAGCCGGACGCCUCAGAUACGGGCACGUCUCUCUACCGGGCACCUUCAGCUUGAGUUCCUAUAGCACAAAUGCUUCGAAUUUGGGGUUUUUGAACUUUUUUCCGUAUGUGGAAGUGCUUAUUUUUCACUGCCAACCUAUGUAAUCCACACAUUUUACCAAUGGGUUCCUUUUGUAUCCUGAACAUGUGCAAUACAUUCCAAAUAAUCUUCUUCAAAAAAUGAUACGGUACAUGGUAGGUGAGUUAUCCUGAGAUACGGGCAGUGCCCGGUCCCAAGGUGCCCGGAUAAGAGACGUCCGAGUGUACAGUUAUAAUUAAUUUUUAGUCUUGAUUUGAAUAUUUUGUAAAUUUUUUCGCUGCGUUGACAUUUAUUUGUUGAGCUCCACACGCUCCAAUCCUGCUCUAUGAUUAAAUUGGAGAGAAAAUUCUCAGUCACAAACCAAACCUGCUUGGGAAUGACGUGCAUUUGAUAAAGCAAUCUGAAAAAUCG